AGGUCGAUAUCAACAACCCCACUAUAUCAUCACAAUUAGUAACAGCCUUACAAAUACAUCAAUACGCUAAUCCCGUGUCGAGAUUUUUUUAUGGAACAUCUGCUAGAAUAUAUAUUAAAGCAUCGAUGAGGAGGAGGAAGCCACUUGAUACCUUUCCCCAAGGCAGCAUCCAAAUCCGAUAUUGCGCAAUCGAUAAGGAUUGAUAGGAUCAUGAAGCUGUGAUAACGCCGUACAAAGUGGGGGCAUCGAGUCCUGGACAUAAGAAAUAUCAAAACCCCUUGGCAGUCAACUGCGAACUUUUCAGCGCCCCGAGAAAACUCCCUUUGCGUGUUACAAGUCUUAAGAUAUGGGUCUUCUGUGAGUUUGCGGCAAACCUUCCAGUAUCCGUUUAAUACUAAUCUGUGUUGGAAGUGCGUUAGGAACGCCGUUGGAGUGGCCGGAAGCUAAGAAGAAUGCGCAUAUAGUCAGGGAAUGGGGUAUACAGGUACGACUUACGGCUGGACAGACCCCCGAAGACUAUGCUCAUAGUACUCGAUAUAGCAACUACUAGCGAUCUGGAAUCGUGCGAAAGGAAAAGAGCGAGAUGCCCUACUCUGGGGUGACGAGGUCAGCACACACUCAUCCAUGGAAGAUACCAUCGCUAAGAUAUCUUCAGGUCGAAUAUUUGGUCGUUAACUACAAAGACGAUGAUGAGAAAGUCACAUUAUCUUUGAGACAGGCAGAUAUCUUGACCGCAUUGGCGCAAGAUGAGGAGUUGCGUACGAAUGGAGGAUGUGUACCAGCACUACAGGACGUUACGAACACCAAGUAAGUGUACUGGAUGGAAUGAAAAGGAGAGUCUAACUGUUUGAAGGGGUAGGGCAUUACCAGUUUUCCAUCCGGAAUUCGGACGCUUUAUGCUGGAAGCUACACCUGGAAGACCUUGGGGAAUUGGAUUCAAGGAUUUAUUGGACGUUGAACCGAAUAUGAAAUGGAGGUGCGUUAAACAAACUUAGAAGCGAGUUCCGCGAGCUGAUCAUAUGAAGGCGGAAGCUUGCUAAAGAGCAUAUGAAUGCUGAGGAGUAUCCAAUCACUUUGACAACUUAUCCUCGCUUGGGUUCACCAGGGGUAUUUACGUCUCCUUUUUUCCCGCCCUCGGGGGAAAAAUUACGGUCACAAUUCGUUCCUGAUGAAAUCGCCAAUCCACAUAUUCGUUUUCCCACCCUUGCAGCCAACAUUCGUGCAAGAAGAGGCCGAAAGGUAGAAGUGAAUGUACCGGUUUUUAGAGAUGAAAACACUGCCUGGCCUUGGAAGGACCCGACUGUUAAUUACGACUUGCAGAAUUGGCCAGAGGACGAUGAUGUUCGGAACGGCGCUGCUCCCGACAACUUCAUUCAUAUGGACGCAAUGGCUUUUGGCAUGGGCAGUUGUUGUUUGCAGAUUACCUUCCAAGCUAAAAACAUCACUGAAGGGCGACGAAUGUAUGAUCAGUUAAGUCCUUUGGCUCCGAUUCUCCUCGCCUUGACUGCGGCGACUCCAAUCUACAAAGGCUUCUUAGCCGACACGGACGUCCGAUGGAACCAAAUCAGUCGCUCUGUGGACGAUCGAACUCCAGAAGAGUUGGGAGAGAAGGUUAGUAAAGCUAUACUUGAUACGUGAGAAAUGCUAAUUUUAGCAGCCCCUGAAGCAUGAUCGAUGGCGCAUACCCAAAUCACGUUAUGCCUCCAAUUCUACAUACAUUUCAGAAGAUCCUCGAUUACGAAAGGAGUACUUGGAUCGCGACCUUGUGAUCGAUCCCGAUGUCAAACAACAGCUUAUGAAUGAAGGCAUGGAUGAUCGUUUAGCUACUCACUUUGCACAUCUUUUCAUUCGGGAUCCGAUUGUUGUCUUUGCUGAGGAUCUGGAAGAACUCGACCUAUCAAAAACAGAUCAUUUCGAGAACCUUCAGUCAACCAACUGGCAACAUAUGCGUUUCAAGCCACCACCAACAGGAAGUGAUAUUGGCUGGAGAGUAGAAUUCAGACCAAUGGAGAUCCAAAUCACCGAUUUUGAGAAUGCCGCUUUUUCAGUAUUCAUUGUACUCAUCACGCGAGCGAUCCUCUCCUUCGACCUCAAUUUUUACAUACCUAUCACUAAAGUAAGUGAAAAUAUGGAAACAGCACAUGCUCGAGAUGCAGUCCUGGAACAGAAAUUUUACUUUCGGAAAAAUCCAUUCCCAACUCGCGCGCCACGACCAUAUUCCUCGAAUGGUGGAGCAUCUGGCGGAGCGUCUGGUACCAACACCCCUCUUAGUAUUUCGAGACCACCUACGCCAUCUGGACCAGUAGAAGAUGAAUAUGCAAUUAUGUCCGUCGAUGAAAUUAUCAAUGGCAGUAAGAGUGAUUCGGAGAACAAAUUCCCAGGCUUAAUACCAUUGGUAGAAUCAUAUCUCGAUAGCGUCAAUAUUGAUGUCCAAACCAGGUGUGAGUUGGCGUCUUACUUGGAUUUAAUCAGAAAGAGGGCAGACGGAAGAUUAUGGACAGCAGCAAAGUGGAUAAGAAACUUCGUUGCGGGUCAUGGGGAUUAUAAGAAGGAUAGCGUAGUGAACGAGAAGAUCAACCAUGACUUAAUAAAAGCGGUCAUUGGUAUGGGAGAAGAAUGUACAAAGGGGAUUAAGGAUGCUGAGAAGUUCUUGGGUCGGGAGAGAUGUGGCAGUUGUUGAAGGCAAAAAGCGGCAUGUGGUUGGAGAAUAAAUGGUGGUAAAAUUGUGGUCAUGAGCGGGGGGACAUGCCGUUACAAAUGUUGAGAAUGGCCGCCAUAGAAAUACUAGAUACUCAAGAUACAUAAGAUCCUGAUAGAGCCCCUUUCCGUAGACACCCGAAACUCAGUAAUGGACAUUAAUU